UCACGGGCCUCUUUCCCAGCCACUUGAGUGUUUUUCCUGCUGCAACCCUCAAUGUCACUGCCACAGUUCGUGGCGAGUUAUCUCCAGAGGAGAGGGUGUCUGCUGCUCAGAUGGGGGCCUUCUUCGGGGGAAUGACGCUGAGGGCCUUGUCGUUUCCUUCGGCAACCCAGUGGAGUCAGGGGGAGCGUGCAGCUAUGGCCGAAUUUUGGCCUUAUCUGAAGCAAGAGCUCCCUAACGAUGUUCUAUUUUUAGCAGAUCCAGAAGGUUCCCUUUGUGAGGGGGGCCGGUCAUCACCUCUUGGGCCCAAUUACCGCGAGGGAAAUCCAAGGGGAAUUGCAGUGGCAGAACUUGCAGAGAUGAGGGUGGUAAAGGUGCUAAGGAGGGUCUUGAGAGGUGAGCACCUUGGGUUCGCUGAGACCAAGGAGGUUUUGAAGGAGUUGUUUCCGUCCGUGCCCAUGCCCGCGAUAAUGGCGAGCAUGCAAGGGAAAUGCAGGGACAUGGAGAUAAAGGUGGGUCGAGACGGUGGGCAAGGCGUGGGUGUGAGAAGGGAGGCGGGGAGGCAACAUGAAGGCAGAGAGGAGGCUUCAGAUGCCCUGGUUGCUGCGCUGCUUAUUUGCCAGCGGAUGAGCAGAGAGUCGGAUGAGGAGUUGAUGGCUUACUGCUCAGCGUUUGAUGAUGAUACAGAUACAUUGCCCGUGGCGAACAUCCAUUCGUUGACGCAUUAUGGGGAGCCAUAUGAUGGGAAUACGCGCUUCAUGAAGAGCACUUUGUUCGUGGCUGCUGUGCGUGCUUGCUACAGCGAGGCUUCACUUCUUCAUGGGGUUGAUUGGAUGCCACCUAAGCGCGGCGUGACCGAAGAGACAAUGCUGAAACACAUGGGAGCUGAGACCAGCGUAUCGCUUUCGUCAGCAGUUACCCUAUUGGAGCAUGAGGUCUUGAAACUGCUCGAUCCUGACAAGCCAUUUGUUGUGACCACGGAUGCCAGUCAAUAUGACAUUGGUGCCGUACUUGCGCAGCAGGAGGGGGAAAAGUUAAGUUGGGCACUCCCUGCUGCAGCGCCCACCAAGGUGAUGAAGAUGGCUGCCACCAUAGCCAGCGUCUUGAUGCAUGGAGUUGCAGACAAGGAGAUCCGUGAUGUCGACAAUGUAGAGUUCGGCAUCAGGCUGACGAAGAAUGUGGUGAAACUGGUGGCAGGGACAUGGAAAACGGAGGAAGAGUUGGUUCCUAUUCUUGGUGGUCUCCACUAUUGGAGACAACACCUGUGUAUGAUUCAACAGGCUAUCCCCGUGCAUUGGUUGGAGAGCAUUCGAGAAAAGCGUGUGGCUGUUGGAGCGUGGAUGAAGGACGAGCAGAUGCAGCGGCCGGAUAGGCUUUGGAGACUGGAAAGGUCGACGAUAUCUGAUCGCUGGGAGAUGACUUGUUGGGAGCUUUCGGAUGGGUACCUUGGAUUGGGUCAACCGCUGUCGCAGCUAUCAGCUGCGCCCGUGGAAUCUGAUUUGUGUGGUUUGGUCCCGGUCUCUGUGUUAGAUACCCCGCAAGGUGCUGCUAGUGGUUCUGUGCUUUAUCGACCUUAUAAGGUUCUCACUCCUGCACAUGAACUGUUUGUGGAUCCGCGAGAUUGGUGCUGGGACGACCCCUGUUGUCCCGCUGAUACGGUAGAUAUACAUUUGCACGCGGUUCGCCUUGCUUACACUAUGAUGUUGCCUAAGAUCGACAUGGACUGGGAAAUAUCUAAAAGUGGGAAUUCCUCUGAUUUCGGUUGGUCUUUUCCGUUUGCUUUGCCUGUUCGCUUUGCUGCCGUGUGGAAGCUGCUUUUAGCCUUACCUGUGCCAAAGCAUGCUGCUUUGUUAUGGUUGAACCUGCACCGUGCGGUGCCUACUGCUAGCCUGGUGUAUCGUAGGGCUCGCAAUGGCCAACCGUUUUGUGACAGAUGUCGUGCAGGAUAUUGCAUCGAGGACCUCCGUCACCUGUGGAUAUCUUGUGACACUUCAUCCUCUUUUUGGGAUUGGUGGAGAUCUUGUCAUGCUAUGCCCUUGGAGCGGGGCGACUUGUGGUCUGAUACUUCUAUUCUCAUGGGCUCUGCUACGCUUCAGCUGGAACAGAGCCUAUGUUUUCGAGGCAACUCGAGCGGUCAUUCUCUGGAAUAUCUGGAAAAGGCCGGGGAAACAGACGAGGCCUAUCAGACCCGCAUGUUAGCGUGGAGUACCGAGACAAAGAAGCGGGCAGAUGACGCUGCCGCAGCAGCCAAGAAAAGGGCAGAGGAUGCCGAGCAGGCACGUCUGCUGGCCGUACAACAACAACCCCCAGCACGAGAGGCAGCAGCAAGGGCUGCCGAUGAAGAAAGGACACAGCGUCSUGAGAAGAUAUUCACCGGAGAGCGGGCAUUACUUACCAUGGCAGCAGARUGGCRAAGCGAGGCCGAGAAUAGCCAGUUGGAGGAUAGCGCAAACAAGAUAGCGCUCCUCCUCUCGCAUCUCACGGAUCUCCUGGCAACCUGCAUUACACACCAGGCGGAGAUCCUUGCUCUCGACAACUCGGUAGCUCAUCUCCAAGACCGCCUUCAGCGGGUGGAGCAGCGACCAGUCGCCGCCGCCGAUGCAGGCUCUUCCAACACUGCCGACCGCCUCACCGCGUUGGAGAUGCGCGUCGGCUCCCUCCAGGAUGGCGCACAGUUACAGCAGACCGCGACGCAACAAUUGCAGCAGCGGAUCUGCACUACAGCCACCACCUCGAGUCCGGAGCCGCGCGAGACAGCUCCUAAGUUCGAUGGGCAGGAGAUCUUUCACGACUCAAUCAAGACAGAUCCAAUUCCAUGGUUUCACAAGUUCGAGCUCACGCUGCAGCUCCACAACGUCAAGGAACACAAGCAACACGCAUACUUGUACUCUCGCUCAGGGGGCCCGUGUCAGGCUUGGUUGGACAACCUUUUGUCCAAGUACGGAGUGGUAGCUAACCACUUGCACACCAAGAUCACCUGGGAUGAUCUGAAGGCGGCGUGGCACAAGCGAUUCCAGGUGGAGCCGCCAGAGAUCAAAGCCAUGGACAAGCUCAUGGUCUUCGAACAAGGCACGCUGCCGAGCUGUUUGUCUGGACCUCAAUGCGCAGUACUUAGCGCUCAUCUCCACACUUACCUUUCCUUCUAUGCACCACCAACUUCGCCGACGGAUGACGAAGUCGCGGUGGGGGACAUCCUCGCGUACGUUACCAAGGUGGCCCGCGAGUUUCGCACGCAGCGGUACGAUAACAACAAUGCACCGUUCAUGUAUGUCCGCAUCCAGGUUGGGCAAGCAUCUUGCAGCGCUUUGCUGGAUAGCGGCGCGACUCGCAACUUCAUGAGCCAGUCUUUUAUGCAAAGAGCAGGCCUUGGCGCACAAGUUCGGAGAAAGGCAAACCUGACUGCGAUCAAGUUGGCGGAUGGAAAGACGCAGCAACUACUCGACCAUUACAUCGAGGCCGUACCGGUCUAUUUCGCACCUCAUGCAUGCGAACCGGUGACAUUCGAUAUUCUCGACACGGACUUCGGCAUCAUUCUGGGAAUGACUUGGCUUGCAAGUGCGGAUCACAUGGUCAACUUCCAUCGGCGGUCUCUUAGCGUUUGCGACGCCUUCGGCGCAGAAGUGGCGUGUACUAUUCCUCUACCGCACCCUUCGAUCCGGUGCCGAGUGUUCGCCGACAUCUUCGAGUCACCUACCGGUGUGGUGCCGGGUCAGCCGAUCUCUCACGAGAUCAUUCUUGAGGCCAGUGUCGUGCCGCCGAAAGGUUGCAUUUAUCGGAUGAGCGAGGAGGAGCUUGAGGUACUCCGCGCACAACUCGAUGAUUUGUUGGCCAAGGGCUGGAUCCGCCCGAGUAGCUCCCUAUAUGGAGCACGAGUUCUCUUCGUCAGGAAGAAGAACAAGGAUCUACGAUUGUGCAUCGACUACCGCAAGCUCAACGGGCAAACCGUCAAGAAUGCGGGGCCUCUUCCUCGCAUCGACGAUCUUCUCGAGCGGCUGGGCGGUGGGAAGUAUUUUUCCAAGCUUGAUUUGAAAUCAGGAUAUCAUCAAAUCUCGAUUCAACCGAAUGAUCGCUACAAAACCGCAUUCAAGACGCGGUACAGGCAUUUUGAGUGGGUGGUCAUGCCUUUUGGCCUCACCAACGCCACAGCGACAUUCCAGGCGGCGAUGACCAAUGAGUUCCAUGCAAUGCUGGACCGGUUCGUGCUGGUCUACUUAGACGAUAUUCUGGUUUACAGUCGGACAUUGGAGGAUCAUUUUGGACAUCUUCGACGAGUGUUGGUGAGGCUCCGCCGUGCCAAAUACAAGGCCAACCGCGACAAGUGCGAAUUUGUCCGGCAAGAGCUGGAAUACUUGGGCCAUAUUGUCACACCGGAGGGCAUCAGUCCGCUAUCGGACAAGAUGCAGGCCAUCCAAGAGUGGCCGGAGCCUCGGAACGUCACGGAUGUUCGCUCGCUCCUUGGUCUUACCAGCUACUAUCAGCGCUUCAUCAAAGGCUACUCCAAGAUCGCGGCCCACUUGAACAACCUUCAGUGCGAGGAUCAACCGUUUGACUUUGGAGAGGAGGCGUGGGGAUCAUUCCUCGCUCUCAAAGCUGCGCUAUUGUCUGCGGAGGUCUUGCGGAUAUACGACCCGCUCGCGCCUACGUGUGUCACUACGGAUGCGUCAGGCUAUGGCAUUGGUGCAGUCCUCGAGCAACAUGAUGGUGUGGACUGGCACCCAGUCGAGUACUUCAGCGAGAAAGUGCCACUCGUGCAUUCCAUUCACGAUGCACGCAAGAAGGAGCUCCUUGCCUUCGUCCACACGCUCAAGCGGUGGCGGCACUUCCUCCUUGGUCGAAGCCAAUUUCGCUGGGUAACGGACAACAAUCCGUUGGUCUUCUACAAGACCCAAGACACCGUCAACAGCACGAUCGCGCGAUUGAUGGCUUUCAUUGACCAGUUCGACUUCUUUCCCGAUCACAUUCCCAGGAAGUCGAACCGUUUUGCGGAUGCUCUCUCACGGCGUCCGGAUCAUUGCACCGCAGUCUACUCGACCUUCGAGAUUGACGACGACCUACGGAACAGCUUCAUCCGCGGCUACCAAGCCGAGCCCGAUUUUCGCGACAAGUACGCGAAUUGCUCCUCUCCUAAUCCUGCUCCUUCUCACUAUCGGAUCCAAGAGGGGUACUUGUUUGUCCACACGCGGGGAAAGGACCUUCUUUGCGUACCGAGUGAUCCUCACUUGCGUACACGGCUUCUUGGCGAGUUCCGCGACACUCCCGCCACUGGACAUUUUGGAGUCAAUCGCACUAUUGGCCGACUUCGCCAGCGAUUUUGGUGGCCCUGCCUUCUCGGCGAUGUCACGCGCUAUUGCAAGUCAUCCGAGGUUUGCCGACGCUGCAAAUCUCGCAACCAUCGUCCGUAUGGCGAGUUACGACCAUUGCGAGUCCCGUUGAGGCGAAGGGAAGCGAUUGCCAUGGACAUUACCGUCCCGUUCCCCAAGCACAAGACCGAAGUGGAUGGGAUUCUCACGGUGGUCGACCGACUCACCAAGUUCGCCAUGUUUUUGCCUUGUCGCUAUCAUGCCAAGGCACCGGAGUUGGCCGAGGUUCUGUACGCCGGUUGGAUUCGCACCAAGGGUUACCCCAAGGAGAUYRUCUGCGACCGCGACACUCGGUUCAYGUCCGAUUUYUGGUUGGCGCUCAUCAAGCGAUGGGGCUCAUCUCUCAAGCCCAGUUCAGCUCGCCACCCUCAGACCGAUGGCCAGACGGAGAGGGCGCAUCAGACCGCACAAGUUCUCCUUUGCACUCUCAUCCGCCCCGACCAGAAAGACUGGGUUGAGCGACUGCCGGAUGUUGAGUUGGCCUACAACUCUUCCAUUUAUCCGGCUAUUGGGAUAUCGCCCUUCGAGUUCGAGCACGGCUCGCCGGUCACGUCACCGUUGGACACGAUUACUCCACGCAUGGCCGGGAGCGACGACCAUCUUCUUUUCUUGCGUCAGAUGCAAGAGCUUCUUGUCAAGGCACGCGACAAGAGGGCUAAAGACGCAGCAGCGCAUGAGCCAGCAGGAAAAUCGCCAGCGUCUUCCUUGUCCAUUCCGCGCCGGGGACCUCGUCUGGGUUUCAGCAGCGGAAUUCAGCCUUGAACAAGACAUCUCUCGCAAGCUCCUCCCGAAAUGGAUUGGGCCUUGGCCGAUCAUAG